GUUUACGUACAGCCUCUUGAUCUAGUGAGAUUAGAUCAUAUUUUUCGCCUCAUGCGAAACGAUCUUUUGUGAUCUCGACUUCCUACUUUAAAUUUUUUAAUUUCUUACUCUUAACUAUGGAUAAGAAAUUGUGCAAGGGGUGUGGUACAACUGUAGCGAGGCCCAUUAUCUGUGGUACCUGUGGCAUUGCCUCCCACCCGGGCUGCAUCGCUCGUGCUGGCCACCCACACCUGGAUGGCAAAUUUCUUGGCUGUGGAAUGGCUGUGUCUUCCGACCAGGAUGGCUUAGUAUCAUCGAUUCGGGAAACAAUUCGUACAGAGUUUCGUGCGGAGUUUGCGGCUCUCCGAGAAGAAAUACUAAAGAUCCACCACGAUUACGUGGAAAAAGUUGCAGCAGAGAUGCAAACUCUAAGUGACAGGAUCACUGUGGUCGAGCGGCAAAUCACCUCUUCUGCGCCCGCUGCCAAUUCGGAGGAGGUGAUCAGUGAGAUUGCUGAAAGAGAGAGAAGAUCCUCCAAUUUGAUCUUUUAUAACCUGGAAGAGUCAAAUUUAUCCUCUCCAACGGCCUGUGCCUCAAGCGACUCGGAGAUGGCGAGGGAAAUUAUAGGGAAAAUUCAGCCGUUAGAUGCUCCACGCAUUAAGACUCGAAGGCUUGGCGGUUUCCAGCAAGGACGCAACAGGCCACUUCUGGUAUCUUUCCCGUCAAAGGCAGAUGUUCUUGGCAUAUUGAAGAUGAAGAAUUCAUAUGUUGGACCGGUUAUAAUCAAGCAAGAUAUGACAUUGAGGCAGAGGGAUCACCUUCGUGAACUAAGGAAGCAGCUCGAUUCGCUCCGAGACUCUGGCACUACGGAUAUGACCAUAAAAUUUUUUAAUGGUAUACCAAAGAUUGUCAGAACUCGUGCUAAUUCUCAACCAAAAAACGUGUCUAUCACCCUUUAG